GGAGGUGUCAUUUCGGUGCAGGGAGAGAGACAGCAACAGUAUGGAGGGGGUGCCGCAGCCCAGGGCCGUCAUCAACAACCCUGCCGACAUCAGCGUCAUCGUGGGCUACUUCGUCCUGGUCAUCUGCGUAGGGCUCUGGUCUAUGUGCCGCACCAACCGCAGCACCGUCGGGGGUUACUUCCUGGCUGGUAGGAACAUGGUCUGGUGGCCGGUGGGCGCGUCUCUCUUUGCCAGUAACAUCGGCAGUGGGCACUUCGUGGGGCUGGCUGGCACCGGUGCCGCCAGUGGCCUGGCUGUGGCCGGCUUCGAGUGGAAUGCUCUCUUCGUGGUUCUCCUCCUGGGAUGGCUCUUCGUACCUGUCUACCUCACUGCCGGGGUGAUCACGAUGCCCCAGUAUCUGAAGAAGCGAUUUGGGGGCCGGCGAAUCCGGAUCUAUCUGUCCAUCCUGUCCCUCUUUCUCUACAUCUUCACUAAAAUCUCAGUGGACAUGUUCUCGGGGGCUGUUUUUAUCCAGCAGGCUCUGGGCUGGAAUAUCUAUGUCGCUGUCAUUGCCCUGCUCGUAAUUACCACCAUAUACACUGUGACAGGGGGGCUGGCAGCCCUGAUGUACACCGACACAGUGCAAACCUUCGUCAUCAUUGGGGGAGCCUUCGUCCUCAUGGGCUUUGCAUUUCACGAGGUGGGGGGCUACCAGGGGCUCUUUGACAAGUACCUGGAGGCCAUUCCCAGCAAGACCCUCUCUCCAGCCCCGGCCCUGUACAACAUCUCAGCCACCUGCUACCAGCCCCGCCCCGACUCCUUUCACCUCCUCCGCGACCCCCUGACGGGAGACCUCCCCUGGCCAGCGCUAAUCUUCGGCCUCACCAUCAUCUCCACCUGGUACUGGUGCAGCGACCAGGUGAUUGUGCAGCGUUGCCUAGCGGGCAGGAGCCUGACCCACGUCAAAGCCGGCUGCAUCCUCUGUGGGUACCUGAAGCUGUUGCCCAUGUUCCUCAUGGUGAUGCCAGGCAUGAUCAGCCGCAUCCUCUACCCAGACGAGGUGGCCUGCGUGGUGCCAGAGGACUGCAAGCGGAUCUGUGGCACUGAAGUCGGCUGCUCCAACAUCGCCUACCCCAAGCUGGUGGUGACGCUCAUGCCUGCCGGUCUGCGGGGGUUGAUGCUGGCCGUGAUGCUGGCCGCCCUGAUGAGCUCCCUGGCCUCCAUCUUCAAUAGCAGCAGCACCCUAUUCACCAUGGACAUCUACAACCGCCUGCGGCCCCGGGCCAGGAGCAAGGAGCUGCUGAUUGUGGGCAGGGUGUGGAUCUUGUGCAUGGUGGCCAUCAGCAUUGCCUGGAUCCCAGUGGUGCAGGCAGCGCAGAGCGGGCUGCUCUUCGAUUACAUCCAGUCCAUCGCCAGCUACCUGGCGCCACCCAUCGCCGCCGUCUUCUUCCUCGCCCUGUUCGUCAAGAGGGUCAACGAGCCCGGCGCGUUCUGGGGGCUGGUCGGGGGGCUGCUGAUGGGCCUGGCCCGUCUGCUGCCUGAAUUGGCCUAUGGCACUGGCAGCUGCACCUUCCCCAGUGCCUGCCCCCGCCUCAUCUGCGGGGUCCACUACCUCUACUUCGCCAUCAUCCUCUUCCUGGCCAGCAUCGCCCUGGUGGUGGGGGUAUCGCUUUGCACCCCACCCAUCCCUGACAAGCACCUACACCGGCUGGUGUUCAGCCUGCGGCACAGCAAGGAGGAGCGCGUGGACCUGGACGUGGAGGAGGAGGAGAAGGAGGAGAGGAGGAGGAGGCAAGAAAUGAGGCGGCAGCAGGGAGUGGCCGCGAACGGGGCUGUGGAGCACGUGCUGGAGGUGGAAGGCCCCCCGGCAGGUCAGCCCCAGGGCUGCGUGGGGCGCUGCGUGGCCUGGCUCUGCAGCCUGGGGAGUGCGGAGCAGCGGGCGCCGGAGCCGGGUGCGGACAAGGAGGCCGAGGAGACACUGCCAGACAUCACGGAGCAGCCGACCUGGAGCCGGGUCGUCAACCUCAACGCCAUCGCCAUGAUGGCCGUCGCCCUCUUCCUGUGGGGCUAUUACGCCUGAGCCGCUGCCCGCACCCCCGCCUCUGCCAUGCGGAGCCCCCCCCCCGGCUCUGAGCCCCACCGCAGGGAACCCACGGCAGCUUCUGCCUCUGCCACGGGGAACCCACGGCACCUCGGCCCCCCACUGCCGCCAAAUAAACCCUCUUUCCCUUCCCCUGUUCCUGUAGACCCCACUCCCGCCCCCACUGCACCCUCUGUCCAAGGUGGCCUCUCCCUUGGUGGGGUCCCCUCUGCCCUAUGCCAUCGUCCCCCCCACCCCCGGCACUGUGCACCUCAGCUGUCAAUGAGCGGCUUGUGUACACCACUUCCCCCACCCCCAAGGUAUUCUCUGGGGGCUCCCCUCCCGCCCAAACCCAGUGCUGCGACCACAGGAAGAGGGUGGAAAUGGGAGGGGGACAGCAUAGCCCCCAAACCCUCACCGACCCCCCAGCCCAGCCUCCCACCAGGUCCCCCCCCAUGAAACUCAGGCUGGGAAGAGUGUGGAGGGGAAGCAAUAGACAAAUAAAUGAAUGGGAAACUCCA